GUCCGCCAUGUUUGCCAUGGCGCAGGGAGCGGAUCGAGCGAGCCCGGCGCGGAUCUAGGGCUGCGGGGCGUGCGCUGUGAGCUACGGGCGGCCCCGCGGAGAGCUGUUCCGGGGCGGCGGGACCCUCCAUGGUGGUGCGGGCCGGGUGCGGGAGUGGCUGGGAGGCGGCGGCGAGGCCGCACUGAAGGCCCCCCCGCCCGCCCGGCCCCGGGGUGUUAUUGUGAGGGGGAGACAAUGAGCAAACUCUCCUUCCGAGCCCGGGCGCUAGACGCCGCCAAACCGCUGCCCAUCUACCGCGGCAAGGACAUGCCCGACCUCAACGACUGCGUCUCCAUCAACCGGGCUGUGCCGCAGAUGCCCACGGGGAUGGAGAAAGAGGAGGAAUCGGAACAUCAUUUGCAACGGGCUAUCUCAGCACAACAAGUUUUCAGAGAAAAGAAAGAGAGCAUGGUUAUCCCAGUCCCUGAAGCGGAGAGCAAUGUCAACUAUUACAAUCGUUUGUAUAAAGGAGAGUUUAAGCAACCAAAGCAGUUCAUUCAUAUUCAACCUUUUAAUCUGGACAAUGAGCAGCCAGAUUAUGAUAUGGACUCGGAGGAUGAAACCUUACUGAACAGACUAAAUCGGAAGAUGGAAAUCAAGCCGCUGCAGUUUGAAAUAAUGGUUGACAGACUCGAAAAAGCCAGUUCUAGUCAGCUUGUAACACUUCAGGAAGCUAAAUUGCUGCUAAACGAGGAUGACUACCUUAUUAAGGCUGUAUAUGACUACUGGGUAAGAAAGCGUAAGAAUUGCCGAGGGCCAUCUCUCAUCCCCCAAAUCAAACAAGAGAAGAGGGAUGGCUCCACCAACAAUGACCCUUAUGUUGCCUUCCGGAGGAGAACUGAGAAGAUGCAGACAAGAAAGAAUCGAAAGAAUGAUGAAGCAUCUUAUGAGAAGAUGUUGAAAUUAAGAAGAGAGUUUAGUAGAGCCAUAACAAUUCUGGAGAUGAUUAAGAGAAGAGAGAAAACAAAACGCGAGCUAUUGCAUUUAACAUUAGAAGUUGUUGAGAAAAGGUACCAUUUGGGUGAUUAUGGAGGUGAAAUCCUCAAUGAAGUGAAGCUUAACAGACCUGAAAAAGAGAUGAGCACAACUACAUCCACUCUUCAUAAUGGAAAUCACCACAAAGUUCAAGAAUGUAAAGUUAAGCAUCCUCAUCACUCAUCUCUAAAGGAGGAGGUGUCAGAUGUUGUACGUCAAAAGAAGAAGUAUCUAAAGAAACCUAAAAUAGAGUGUGUAGUAACUCCACAACAGCCCUCUGCUGAGCCCUUGCCUGUUAUCAACAAGAGUGACAUUAAACAGUAUGAUUUUCACAGUUCAGAUGAAGAUGAGUUCCCACAGGUACCCUCACCAGUAUCAGAAACGGAAGAAGAAAAUGAUCCUGAUGGACCUUGUGCUUUCAGGAGAAGAGCAGGAUGCCAGUAUUAUGCUCCUCGUUUGGACCAAACUAAUUCUUCAUAUGAAAACUCAGAAUUGGCAGAAUUGGACAAACUGAGGUUCAGGCAUUGCCUUACAACCCUUACAAUUCCAAGAAGAUGUAUAGGAUUUGCAAGGAGACGAAUUGGCAGGGGUGGAAGGGUUAUAAUGGACCGAAUAUCCACAGAACAUGAUCCUGUCUUGAGACAGAUUGACCCGGAAAUGCUGAACAGUUUUUCAAGCUCUUCCCAGACGUUAGACUUUUCUUCUAACUUUUCACGGACCAAUGCUUCCAAUAAACAUUGUGAAAACAGACUGUCCCUUUCUGAAAUACUAAGCAAUAUCAGAUCAUGUCGACUGCAGUGUUUUCAGCCAAGGCUACUAAAUCUACAGGACAGUGAUAACGAAGAAUGUACCUCAAGGAAAACAGGGCAGACUGUGAACAAUAAAAGAGUCUCUGCAGCAUCUGUAGCUUUAUUGAACACCAGCAAGAAUGGCAUAUCAGUAACAGGGGGUAUCACAGAGGAACAAUUUCAGACACAUCAACAGCAAUUAGUUCAAAUGCAGAGGCAACAACUUGCUCAGCUUCAGCAGAAACAGCAAUCUCAGCAUUCCUCACAACAGACACAUCCAAAAGCACAGAGCUCCAGCACCUCUGACUGUAUGUCAAAAACACUUGAUUCAGCCAGUGCCCACUUUGCUGCAUCUGCAGUGGUUAGUGCACCUGCUCCUGGUCGCAGUGAGGUAACGAAGGAACAAAACACCAGCCACAACAAUAUUAAUGGUGUUGUCCAGCCUUCAGGAACUUCUAGAACGUUGUACUCCACCAACAUGGCUUUAUCAUCCAGCCCAGGGAUUUCAGCUGUACAGCUUGUAAGGACAGUUGGCCACACCACCACAAACCACUUAAUUCCAGCAUUGUGCACAAGCAGCCCUCAAACACUUCCCAUGAACAAUUCUUGCCUGACAAACGCAGUGCACCUCAACAAUGUCAGUGUUGUUUCUCCAGUCAAUGUGCAUAUCAAUACAAGGACUUCAGCACCAUCGCCAACAGCCUUAAAACUUGCCACAGUUGCUGCCAGUAUAGACAGAGUGCCAAAGGUAACUCCUAGCAGUGCCAUCAGCAGUAUAGCACGAGAGAACCAUGAACCAGAACGACUGGGUCUAAAUGGCAUUGCAGAGACAACAGUAGCCAUGGAAGUGACAUAACCUCAAACCAGGGUCACAGCCUGGGCUCACGGUGUAGUCAUUUAUAUUCCAACUGAAUGCAAAACACAGUGCUCUGUGGAUCACAGAGAAUUAAAUGGACCUAAAUGGACUAUCAGUAUAUCGUGUAUUAAGUCGAUAUAUAAUGUAAAUUUUGUAAAAUUGGGAAAAUCACUACCUUGUAAAAUAGUUUAUUUGUAUCAUCAAUAUUAUUUCUGUUACUUGAAUAGUAGAUAUUCAUCAUCAUGCUUUUGCACUUGAAUUUGCAACUGAAUGGAUUAAAAAAUAAUUCUUUAAUGGGAUCAUGAGCAUGAAAUGGGAUCCUGCAUCACUUGUUUUAACUAUUUAUUUUGCCAUGUUUACAUUUUGUAUCUUGUACAAAUAAAUCCAACUUUGUGUCUAAAAAAAAGUUAAAGAUUCAUAGCUAGGAAACAAAAUUCUUGUAAUUUUUUUCUAAAGAAAAUGUAAAGUUUUCACUUGGUUCAUUUUGUUUCACAAUUUGACUAGAUGGACUUUUUGGUAAAUACUCUAGUGGCAUUUCACUGUCAAAUAUGAAGUUCAAGGCAAAAUAGUAUUUUCUAUUACUGUGCAGGGGAAAGGGAUGGAUCGAUACAUGCAAAUUUAACGUAGUAACUCACUUUUCCAUAUAUUUUGAAUGUAUAUUUCUAUUUAUAAUACCAGUUUAUAAAAAAUAAUUACACAGGAAAAAAAACUGACUAGGAAAAUUAUGCAUCUAGCACAUGUAAAAUUGUGCAGAUACAAGAAAAUUUUCAACUGAUUACAUUUUAUCUGAAGACUGCAUAUUUUAACCGGCUUUAAAACUGUAACACACCACAUAAAGGAUAUUUUACCAGGUAUGUAUUGCAUUAUAUAUCAUUGCAAUAAUUAAUUAUUGGAUGUCUAGAUAUCGAGCCAUCCCAGGUGGUGGGGGGGAGGGAGGGUUGUGGCAAGAUUGUCUUUUCAAUUUUGGAGAGUUUUCCUGUGGCUACAAGGCAAGUAACGGGUUGGAAAAAGUCUGACUUGUAAGCGUUGGACACCUUCGUAGUGUAGUGUUUUAGUGACUUUUUUUAUACGGUUCUUGUAAAUUAGAUACGUGUAGUGGUGUUUCAGAAUGUUUGUUUAUGCACUAGUUCAGACAACUUUCCCUGUUACUUGUUCUUGAUAAGUGAAAACUGCAGGGAAAUAAAAAUACAUAUCAAAACA